AUGGCCACCUAUAACCCGGUAAACCCUCAAAAUGGCUGGGAACUUGAUCUUCAUUCGGUGUACAGUGCGUACAUUGCUUGGUUUCAGCAAAAUGGGACGCCAUACUGGGACGAACCAUGGGGAGAAUUCUUUAUGGACUUUCAAUCUUUCCUCUAUUGGGGCUGGCCAGCCAUCACUGUGACCUCGGUUUACGAGCCAUAUGAGCCACACAUAGUCACAACGUUGAAAAGCUUACAUCAGUUCCUAAAGAUGAUUAAUACUCGUUAUGGACAGAAAAUGGAGGAGGUCGCAAAUAUGACAAAGAUUCGACCGUUUGAGAGGAACCCUCAAACCAUGCACUACAUCGACAGUAUUUCGGCCUAUGAGCGACUCCAUGCCACCCUUCCGGCCGUGGCUCUGGCCGCGCAGAAAAAACAAAUAUACGCCGGAAGUACCAGGAUAAUUGAAAUGCUUUGGAAAGCAAAGGACAAGACUUUCCUCGCAAUUGACUUUGAGUGGGCGGAGAGGGAUCCAAGCUCAAUACUCGAGUUUGGGUAUGCGGCCUUGCGAGCACGUCACCUCGUAAAGACAGGAAAUUGGCCUCCAGUUCCUGAGGACAAUUACCGGAGGGGCCAUUUUGUCGUCGCAGAACACGUUGAUGUAGUCGCCAACAAGCAUUGUCCAACGUUUCCUCGGUCGUAUGCGUUUGGCCAUACCCACGUCGUGCCGAAGCACCAAUUUCGCCACAUCAUACAAUCUAUCAUUGAUAGCCUGGCAAGUCCGGACUCGCAAACACAAGCCAACGACCUUGUGCUGGUAGCCCAUGGAAUAUCAGGAGAUUUAAAACGUUUGAAUGAACUUCAAAUUCGUCUUCCCUCCAAUGUCCUAAUACUUGACACGUCUUCGUUCGAGCGGGAACUAUUUCGGAUAGGUAAAGGAGCUACAACAACUGACACAGCAACAAGACAAUCGCGGCAAGCAGGGUCGACGCUUUCUCUUUCGAACCUCUUGCGCUCCCUCAACGCGGAUACAGCGACGUUCCGAUUUCACAACUCGGGAAACGAUUCCUUUGGGGCUCUUAUGUGUCUUCAGCUUCUUCUAGAACAGAAUACGACUUCUAAGUACCUCACGCGCACGACGAAUACUAUCAACGGUGCUUCAUCGGUCUCAAACGAGUCGGAAUUUGUCGCAUACAAUGGGACGGUGAUCGUCGUUGGGGUCGAAAGGAGGGAGGAGAGUACCGCGUAUGAGGCGCAAGUCUCACAGCGUGCGACAACGAUACCAAGAGGACGAGGUCAUGGGCGUGGUAGGCGAGGUCAACGCGCUCAUCAUCAGCAAAUCCGGCGAGAGAGAAGGAUUGAAGACGACAUGAGGAAUCUCUCAUUCGACUGA